AUCCUAUCAGCGGUUUGGAGAGACAAAUGGGACUACGUGGCUUCAAACCUUGAUACACCUGUUGAAAGGGAACAUUGGAACAGGUAUGCUGGGACUUCCGUUGGCCAUCAGAAAUGCUGGUAUUGUGAACCUUCAAAGUGGACUAAAGAAACCUAAAGUGAAACAAGAGAAGAGCAGUGGUUGAAACCAUGAAAAAACAAGGAAGAUAAGGGACUGAAGAGCAAAGAGCUCUUAAAAAUGAACAAAAUGAACUUAUACUGAAUAUAAUAAGAGAAUACAAGCCAAUGGGAGGAAUGUAAUGGAAGAGAAAAAUGGGCAGAAUGAAGCAUAGAGGAAGUCGGGUGAGCAGCAGAAUUGAACAACAAGGCAAGGUUAAAAUUGAGCCAGUUAAACCAAAAGAAAUACUAAGAGUGAACCAAAAAUGGAAUGAAUUUUAGCAACCUGAAAUUCCCAACAGGUCUGAUUUUUGUAAGGACUUGAAUCAAAGGAGAAAAAUAGAUGACAGUGGGCCAAAAUUUCAAUUCUUGGGAAGAAGGAAGAAUAUUACCAUUAAUUAAAAUGGGCCCCAUCAGCUUGUUUGUGAUCGGAAUAAUUGCAGUGCACUGUAUGGAUAUCCUGGUUAAGUGUGCCCACCACUUCUGCAAUAAAUAUCAUAAACCAUUUGUGGAUUAUGGCGAUGCUGUGAUGCAUGGACUGGAAGCAACACCCAGUGCAUGGCUGAGGAAUCAUUCCAUCUGGGGAAGGUACCUGGUGGGAUUUUUCUUGAUUCUCACUCAACUGGGAUUCUGUUGUGCAUAUUUUGUAUUCCUAGCUGACAAUCUGAGACAGGUGAUAUCUGCUGCUAAUGGUACAACCAACAAUUGCAAUGCCAAUGAAACUGCACUGUUGAUGCCAACCAUGAGCUCCCAGUUAUAUAUCCUGUGCUUGUUGCCAUUUGUGAUCCUGCUUGUCUUCAUCCAGAAUCUUAAAAUACUGUCCAUCUUCUCCAUGCUGGCCAAUCUUCUCAUGUUUUGCAGCUUGAUCAUGAUAUACCAGUACAUUGUUCGGGGUAUUCCAGAUCCCUCCCAUCUGCCUCUGGUGGCCCCAUGGAGAACAUUCCCUCUGUUUUUUGGCACAGCCAUCUUUGCUUUUGAAGGCAUUGGAGUGGUGCUCCCUCUCGAAAACAAGAUGAAGAACCCACAGCAAUUCCCCAUCAUUCUGUAUGUGGGAAUGGGUAUUGUCACCACGGUCUACCUCAGCCUGGGAACCCUGGGAUAUUUACGCUUUGGCACUACCAUCCAAGCCAGCAUAACUCUCAAUUUGCCUAACUGUUGGUUGUAUCAGUCUGUCAAGCUUCUCUAUUCCAUUGGGAUCUUCUUCACUUAUGCUCUGCAGUUCUAUGUCCCUGCUGAAAUAAUAAUCCCUCCAGCCCUCUCCCAGGUCCCUGAACGCUGGAAAUUAUGGCUGAAUCUACUGUUGAGGGCAUGCCUGGUCUGCGUAACAUGUCUGCUUGCCAUCCUAAUCCCACGCCUGGACAUUGUCAUAUCUCUGGUGGGUUCCGUGAGCAGCAGUGCUCUAGCCAUGAUCAUCCCACCCCUCCUGGAGAUUUGCACCUACUCCUCCGAAGGCAUGCACCCCCUCAGGAUUGCCAAAGAUAUCCUGAUCAGUGUCGUGGGUUUUGUUGGAUUUGUGGUGGGGACAUAUGAGUCUCUCUCUGAACUCAUUGUACCAACGGUUUCCAACGUCACCAGUGCCUUACCCUGACACGCUUAACCUGCCACAGAUCUCACUCCUAAUCUAUCAUGGAACUUUUCAGUGGGUCCUGAUUUAUCUUGUAGCAACUUCAGGGACUUCUUGCUCCUUCUUGCUUCCCAAGUAUCUUUAUUUUGUAGCUCAAGGGGCAUGGAUAAAGUAGGAAAAGGUAGGACUUGGACCUCUUAUUUAUCCAUGCUUCUUCAUUUAUGAGCCUGCUGUUGUUUCAGAGUCUUUACAGUUUGAAGGCUGGCCUUUGACUAGAAUGGGACAAUAGAAUGGGAUGUCGCACUGUUGCCUACUGAACAGUGGGCAGUCCCUAUUAGGCUUGGAAUUAUGUACAAGAAUCUUGGGUUUAACUCCACACUGCAUCCAUCUGGAUCUAGAGCAGCAAAUGGGGGGGGGGGGGUUUAAGAAUCAAAGUAUUACUGAAAAGUCACUGUCACCACUUCCUUUUUUGUUACAUUUUUAAAACACUUCCGUUUGACAUCUUAAAGGUGGCAGCAAAUGCUGAUCUUCCAGGUGCAUCUGAGUUCUAGUGCAAAUGUCUCCAUGUUUAAUAUUUACGGAAAGUUAUAUAUAACUUGGGUGUGGCAGGAUAUUGGAAAGGGGCAAAUGGGAGUCUGUUUACAGUUUUUAAAACAGAUGCCAUAGCUAGGUACUCUCUUCUUUCUUUUCUGUCCUGUCUCUUCCCUGCUUAACAACACAGAUUGAUAUGAUGAGUGCUGCUCAUGCUGAUGAGUGAGGCAAACAUUGAAUGGACUGGCAUAACAACAAUCACUUGUAGAAUGGUUUCUCCCUCUGCAUCUUGCGUCCCCCUCCAAAAAAAAAUUGCUGUGGAAUAUUGGAGGAGAAGACAUUUUUGCAGGGUAAUUUGGGUUGGAUGCAGGAAAGAAGAGAGAACAGGAGAGGAAAGGCAAGUCCUACUGUGGACAGGACUAUCAUAAAGUCACAGCGUUUUCAUAAGCAGCCUGUGAUGAAAAGCAAAAUGUAAUGUUGUAUCUUCCAGGCCUGCCUUAUUUUCUCCAAAAUACUGUACAUGAUUUGCAUGUACUAAUUACCCAGUUAUACAAGACCUAAUUACAGGGCAGAAGUGACUCCUAUUUUGUUCAGUAGGGCUUACUUCCAGGUAAUUUCCCAGACUGUAGCCUUAAUAUUUUAACAAGACCUGUGUUAAAUGUUAUACAACAGGCAAGCAGCGUUUUUUUAAUGCCUAUAAGAAAAAAACCUAUUGUGUUAUAGCCUUCAUCAGUUAAAUUGAUAAAUUUAAUCCAGAUAUCUAUUUCCAUUCUUAAAGUAUUAAUACUUUCGUCCAAUUAGCCAUUGCUUGUAAACUAUUGGCUUAGGCUACAGUCCUAGCCUUUACUAUUUAAUCUGGGACUGGAAAUAACCUGCACUGAAUUCAGUGGAGCUUCUUUCUGAGUAGAUGUCCAUAUGAGAGUAUUCUUACUUUCUUAGUUAAGCAAAUGUGGAUAUUAUGCAUAUAGUAUCUAGGGCAAUGACUCUAAAAUGCUGGUCUUCCAGGUGUUUUGGACUUCAGCUCCCAGAAGCCUCAGCCAUCUUGGUCAAUGAUCUGGGAUUCUGGGAGCUGAAAUCCAAAAUUACCUGAAAGGCCAGAGUUUGGGAAUCACUGAUCUAGAGCUUCUGUUUUUAAGAGCAAUCAGUGUGGCUGCCUUUACAGAUUUUCCAUAGCCACAGCAUGGAGUUAAAAAGGAUUUCAUUAAUAGAUACAAAUGCCUCUAGCAUUCCUGUACCCGGUUUGACAAUGUGCAAGUGUGAGUGAUCUGUGAAAGAUUUUUGUUUAUUUUUAUGUACUCUUGGCUUAUCAAAAAUGUUAUAAUGAUACUUGAUCCAUUUAUCACCAUUUCCUAACCUUGUUGACACUGGGGUGUUGGAGAAAUUGAACUUAGUUUCCUAUCUCCUUUCUCAUUAUGGUAAAGCUACAAAUGUGUCCUUUGAAGUGCCCCAGUUUUCACUGGAAAAAUACUUCUCUCCCUGCAAGAUUAGGGAAAGUAGUUUAUACGUAUAUUCAAAAAAAACAAAACAAAACUGGACACAUUCUCAA